AUGGCUCCACACCCCACUCCCUUCACCGCCCGACCAUUCACAUCAACAUCAACACUCAUCAACGUCAACGUUAACACAUUAACACCAACACAUCAGCACAUCAACACAUCAACACAUCAACACAUCAACACAUCAACACAUCAACACAUCAACACAUCAACACAUCAACACAUCAACACAUCAACACAUCAACACAUCAACACAUCAACACAUCAACACAUCAACACAUCAACACAUCAACACAUCAACACAUCAACACAUCAACACAUCAACACAUCAACACAUCAACACAUCAACACAUCAACACAUCAACACAUCAACACAUCAACACGCAUCAACACAUCAACUCUCAACUCUCAACUCUCACCAACUCUCACCAACUUUCACCAACCCUAA